GGGAUACAGAGGAAAGUAUAUAAUAUAAAUAUAAAUAUAAAUAUAAAUAUAAAUAUAGUUAUCUAGAGAGAGAACCACAUAUUUAAAGGUGUGCAUAGAAAGCAGGGCAUGCUUCCGCUCACUAUUGUGAAAGCAGCUGUUAUUUCCUGUCUUCUCUGAGCUCGUGAUCACAAUUUGCUUUUAUUUUCGUUAACACAGCGGAGACUGCGGCUCAGCUAUGUAUAGCUUAAACCUGAGAAUUAGGGACGAUGAUUAGGUUUGGGUAUUCACAUUCCUAUGGAUCUGAAUCUGCUUUCGUCCGAUUUAUGCGUUCUCAACGAAUUUGGUCUCUUCGAUUUGAUUCUUAAUUUAUUCUCCAGAUAACGAUUGUGGAUAUCGCUCAAGAUGUCAUUCAAGAGCAUUGUAAGGGAGCUGAAGGAGAUGAGAGAUGGGAUUGGCAGCAUGUCUAGGAGAGGGAUUGAGGUGAAGCACUGGCGCAGCCAUACGAGGUCUUUUGUAGCCCCUGAUGUAAUUCUUUCGGAGCCGAUAGAGCAAGGGCAGUGGGCAAAUUUACCACCAGAAUUGCUUUUGGAUAUCAUUAGGAGGGUUGAGGAGAGUGAGACUGCUUGGCCUGCUAGGGCGGUUGUUGUUUCUUGUGCAUCAGUGUGUAGAUCUUGGAGGGAUGUUACCAAGGAAAUUGUUAAAACCCCCGAGGAAUGUGGGAGAUUGACAUUCCCCAUUUCAUUAAAGCAGCCGGGACCUCGAGAUGCUCCAGUCCAAUGCUUUAUCAAGAGGGAUAGAGCAACCUCUACCUAUCGUCUGUGUUUUGGCCUGACCCCAUCUGAAGAUGAGAGCGAUAAAUUAUUGCUGACAGCCAGAAAGAUGAGGAGGGCGACAAGCACAGAUUUCUUAAUUUCUCUGGUGGCUGAUGAUUUUUCUCGAGCCAGCAACACUUAUGUUGGAAAACUUAGAUCUAAUUUCCUGGGCACCAAGUUUACCAUAUAUGAUAGCCAAUCUCCAAAUGAUGCUGCAAUUCAGCAUAGGAGUCGGCACAGUCGAAGAUUUAAUGCUAAGCAAGUUUCUCCCAAAUUACCUGCUUAUAACUACAGUGUGGCCACCAUUUCCUAUGAACUCAACGUUCUCCGCACAAGAGGCCCUAGAAGAAUGCAUUGCACAAUGCUCUCGAUUCCAGUCUCUUCUAUUCAGGAGGGGGGCGUUGCCCCAACCCCGACAUCAUUUCCUCAGUAUAGUGAUGACAAGUCUCCGGCACUAAGGAUUUCGAAAGAAAAGGAACCGGCUAUAUCUUUCAGCUCCCCAAACCUCACAACUUCACCGGGACCAACGCCACAUUGUGGAGAGGCGCUCGUUCUGAAAAACAAGGCCCCAAGGUGGCACGAACACUUACAAUGCUGGUGCCUGAAUUUCAAAGGCCGUGUAACAGUAGCAUCUGUUAAAAACUUCCAGCUUGUGGCUGCUAUCGACCCUUCGCUAAAUAUUCCUGCUGCAGAACAGGACAAGGUAAUUUUGCAGUUCGGGAAGAUUGGGAAAGACAUUUUUACAAUGGAUUAUCGCUACCCCCUUUCUGCAUUUCAAGCUUUUGCAAUCUGCUUGAGCAGCUUCGACACCAAACCGGCCUGUGAAUGAUGGAUUAUGUACAUCAAGAUCAUCGUCUAGCUUCCGGAGGGAUGAGACUAUGUUUAUCGAGAGCCUUUACUGUGCAGGUAGUAGCUUAUAGUAACUUAGAAGCUCAGAUGAAACUAUGAUUUGGGAUAUAAAAUUUGUUAUGAAUGUUGCGAGAACUAGCUUCCAUGUAUAUACCAUGUUUAGUCAUAUCAAAGAUUUGAUGAUUCACCCUUUUA